CCAACACAGCGCCUGCUUAUCCAAAAUAUUCCUAUGCACCAGAUGUGUUUCUGCUGCCAGCAUUGUAGAAGGAAUCUAAGCAUGCUCAACUAUGCAGUCUUCCAAGGAGCUUUCUACUGCAAAGUUUGUUCCAAGCUGGUUGCUGAAGUUAGAGGAAAAAGAGGCCCCAACUCCACCCUCAGCCCAAACCAUCAGCAGCUUCCACUGAAAGGCACCCAGUCAAAUCCAAGACAAGAAUCUCAAACGAAGAGUGGCUCCGCUGGAAGGAUUUUGGCUCGAGAGAAAAUGCCAAAGAGACCUUCCGAUUUACAUCUCCAGGGUAACCAGAGUGAUAAGGUGACCUCACAAGGCAAGCCAAAAGCCCUCUGCUCACCUUUAAAGAAAGAUGCUAAAAGUUAUACUGGCAGAAAACAUGAGCAAUAUGGAAUAAAAGAAACACAAGAUUCUACAGUGAUUCUGCGUAGUCCCCAAAGGUCAGAUAGGAGUUAUUACAAGACCUGGGAAGAUAAUUUCAUACCAGAAAGUUUGGGGGAACAGAAGAGCCAACUUCCCAGAGUCAUUGGCCCAAAAUGUAGGGACCGAGUUUUGCACUGGAUUAAAAAAGGACAUGGAAAUCAAGAACUGGGAGCACUGGAAAAUAGACAAUUGUUUGUGGAUGAAGGAAUUGUAGGAGUUCAAGUAGGAAAAACAGGGCCCAGCCUAUUAGAAAAGGCCAGGAGAUUCCAAACUAGCACCUCUGGAGUUGAAAGAAGCACUUCCAAGGUGACCUCUUUAUCACUGAACCUUGCAAGGUCUUCACUCGGUGGUACAUUUCUAUCUUCUGAAGGAGCACUUAGACAUACUACAGUGACACCUGCAGCCACAACACGAGGUGCUCCUCAACUUGCAAAAGAUUGUUUCCAAGGUGAUCUCCAACCUGGUGGAGAUUCCUCCUGGAAGGUCACCUCUGAUGGAAAGAAUCCAAGGCAGGUGGUCAAACCUCUUCCUAAAAUCAGGACAACGUUACCAGGUUUGGUGCCACCUCUGGAGCAGAGAUCAAAGAAGAAACUUCAAAAAGCCAGCCAGAAAAAUACACCGGACACGCUAGAAAGUAAAGAUGCAGAAGAACCAAGUGAUGGCACCAUGGUAUCAAUGCAAAAUGAGGAACCCUCCCAAUCAAAGCCUGAAGGUUUGGUAUCUUCUCCUGGCCAUGAGGAAAAGAAGAACAAUCAUAGCAAGAAGACUUUCAACGUGGAUCCAGUGAAGCCCUGCCUGGAAACUAACCAGGAACCAAAACCAUCUUGGAUGACCAGGAAUGAGUUCCUUGAAGAAGAGACUGAAAUAUUGCAACCUGAAAAACGACCAAGUAUGGACGACCAACUCUCUCCUGAAACCCUCCCUUUAAGCAAAGAAGAUAAAAAGGAUGAAAUGCACCCAAGAGCAAUCUCAGACAAGUUUGCGACUCUAACGUGCUUUCCUGUGUCUCUGGACACUGGAGCUAAAGGUAGAACCAGUUCUUCAGCCAAAGCUGGGAACAUAGAAGAUGGUGACUCAUUACCCAGCUUACAAGCAGAUGAUGUUGAAAACGGGGAAGUUCUACCCAGAAAUAGCCUACAAGAACAUGCUACUUUGAUCUGCAACCCAGAACCUACUCCUGAAAUCACAAACACAAAUGGAAAGCUGCAAGCAAACGCCAGCAGUGGACUUCACCUAGAACUUGCAUUCCAAGAAGACACCUCUAGAGAUAUCAGUUUUCUGCCUUCUGCCAAAGAUCCAGAAAUACUGCCUUCCUGUGAAGUCCUAGAUUUGAUAGAAAAAGAGGAGACAGGACACGUAACGAUGGAAACCAAAGCUCAACACGAAAGUGUCCCGGCGACAAAUCAAGAUAUUACAGCGGAGCCUUCCAAAAAACAAUCGUUAAAAAAACAAAACAAUCCUUUUGCUCAGUUUUUUGCACCCAAAACACAAAGAAGUAUUCCCAGCCAAAAGCCAAUUUCAGGAACCAAGAAAGCAGCCAAGACUCAUUCUGCUUUGCUCACCCUGUUUGGACAUUCAGAUAGUAAAGACAAAAGUCAAAAGGAAAAGCCAAGAAAAGAGUUAGGAGAACUUUCGGGAAAAGUAGAUUUACAACCUACACAUUUCUUAAGCCUAUCCAAACCUGAUUUUUCCAAGAAAGAUGAGAACUCCGGAAUGGCUCUCAAGACAAGGAAUUCAGAGGCAGACCCACAAGAUUCAAAGGAAAGUCAUGGAAUUGGCUCAAAAGGAAAUCAAAAUAGGAAUUCUCCACCCCUGGACAGUGUUAAUACAGUUUUUUUGGACCUUGGAAGAGAGAUUUCAACUACCACACAAAUGCAGCCUAGAUCAAAGCCCCUUGACGUUCUGAGGCAAUCAAAUAUAAAUGCAGAACAUACAGUGGAGGACCCUGAAAAAUCAUUAGCGUUAACUAGUUUUCAGAGUUGUGUGGCGUCUACAGAGAACGCGUCACAGUAUUCUGCCAAUACUUUGGUGGAGACAAGUGUUUCUUGCAGAAAUGUUAUUUCUGAGCAGGAAUCGAACGAUGUGGACAGUCAAGAUUUAGAGAUAAAGGCAAGAAAUGUUUCAUUAUUGCACCCUUUGGCAAAAGAUGAAACUCAGGCAUUGGAUGAGGAGAUUGGGGUCCCUGAUAUGGUUUCAUCCUUUAAGGGGAUGGAAGAAUCAGCAAGCACAGAGAAGGAAAAUGCAGAAUCCUCUUCUGGAUCAGAUACAGAAUUUGUACACGUGAAAGAUCAUUUUUGCUCAGAAAACUUUCUGGGGAUCAGCCAUCCACAGUUUGCAGAGUUGGAGCCAAUCAUGGUGAUCAGAGAGGACAGCCUUAGGAACAAUCAACCUCCAGAAAGUGGAAAUUUCCAGGCACUGGAGUCGGAUUCAGAUAAUCCUUUUAAACCAACUCUGCACAUUGAAGAAGCCGCUAAUGAGAAUUACUCCAUUAAAGAAAAUCAUUUCCACCCUGUGCUUAUUCCAGCUCAAUCCAUGCCUGAGCUACUUCGAGACACCCUCCAGAGCAAGGCUACAGAAAGGUCACAUAAAAGUCCGCCAGAGGACAAAAUUCAAGUGUUAGAGAGUAGACAUCCACAAGAACAAUUGCAAUAACCUUUGACACCCAGUGCUUACAGAGUUCCAACUGAGACUUAGUGUGUUUUAAGAACAACUUGAGUUAAAUCUAAACCAAAUUGAUGAAGCACCCUUCUUGUUCGUGCUCCUGUAGACACCCAAACACACAUAUCACUUACUACUAUUUGUUUAGUGCCGUUCGAAGUUA